GUCGCCAGCAGGCUGAGUUCAAGAACAGUGACCACGCGCUACGGUGCUCUCAAAGGAAACAUAGUGACGCUGGAACAGGCGUCGCGACCCGGUCUGCAGCCCGUCGAAGUUUUUUUGGGGGUUCCUUACGCGUCUCCGCCGACCGGCAACAUGCGAUUCAUGCCACCGGGAACGCCGACGCAAUGGAAAGGAAUUCGUAUGGCGGACCGCUUUGCGCCAGUUUGUCCACAAAGGCCACCGGACAUCCAUAACGAGACCGAGGCUCUGAGGAGAAUGCCUCGCGGUCGUCUGGAGUACCUGCAGCGCCUUUUACCAUUUCUUCACAAACAGAGCGAGGAUUGUCUCUACUUGAAUAUUUAUUCUCCAGCCAUCGUGGGCCGUUCACCGAUGCAUCUACCCGUGAUGGUGUUCAUUCACGGAGAAUCGUUUGAAUGGAAUUCGGGCAACUCGUUCGAUGGGAGCAUUCUAGCCAGCCAUGGGAACGUCGUAGUUAUAACACUCAACUACAGAUUAGGAAUAUUCGGGUUUCUGCCUCCAAUGGAAAACGGCCGCGGAGGGAACAAUGGACUGCUGGACCUGGUCGCCGCGCUGCAUUGGAUUCAGGGCAACGUCGCAGAGUUCGGAGGAGACUCGAGGAAUGUCACCAUCUUUGGUCACGGACACGGCGCCGCCCUCGUUAAUCUACUCAUGCUGACGCCGAUGGCAAGAGGUCUGUUCCAACGCGCUGUCCUGAUGUCGGGAUCCGCUCUUAGUCCGUGGGCGAUUUCCCGAGACGCCCAGAAAUUUACGAAGCGCAUCGCUCAAGCUUUGGAUUGUCCGACGGACGAUUCGAGACUGCUCGUAGAGUGUUUGAAGACAAAGGCCGCGUCCGAGAUCGUCGCCAUAGAAAUCCGUGCUCCUGAGUACCAUUCGGCUUUCGGGCCUUGCGUGGACGGAAUCGUGGUGGCACGGGAGCCUUCUUUACUCAUGGAAGAACACGCGUCGGCGCAGUUCAAGUCGUAUGACGUCAUGUUCGGAAUCACCAGUGUCGAAGAAUAUUUUUUCAUCGCCGCUUCCGAAGAGAAGUACGGGAUCGAAAUCGACCGUCGCGACCGUAUCUUGCGAACCUUGGUGCGGAAUUUGUUCAGUUAUCACCAACAAGAAAUCCUCUUGACCAUCGUCAACGAAUACACGGACUGGACAAGACCUUUUCAGCAUCCUCUGACCACACUGGAUGGUACGGCCGAGAUCUUGGGAGAUGCAAUGAUCGUUGCGCCUCUGAUGCGAGCCGCGAAUACACACGCCAAAAUGUCCAAGAACUCGUUCGUGUACCUGUUCGGCUACAUGACGGAACACGGUGACUAUCCGAAUCGCGUUGGCGCCGUUCACGGAGAGGACCUCGCCUACCUUUUCGGAGCACCGUUGAUGCCUCUUACGGGCCACUUCAAGAGCAACUUCAGCAAAAACGAGCAAGCACUCUCUGAGGCGUUUAUCACCUACUGGAGUAACUUCGCACGAGCUGGGGACCCGAGUAUUGCCGCCUCAGCUCAGGAGAGCUCCGGCAGUGACGCUAGCGGAGAUCGUCAAAAAGGACGUUUUGACAAGAUCGCUUGGCCCGCGUACGAUCUGACGCAUCAAAAGUACAUGUACCUCGGGAUGAAACCGAAAGUGAAGGAUCACUAUCACGCUCACAGACUUUCGCUGUGGAAUCAUCUGAUUCCUCUACUCCACAGGCCGGGCGGAAAUGACGUGAGUCCUCGGCACCAUUUGUUAGACGGUCAUGACAACCCGCAUUCAUUUGACGGUGAGGUCCUCAAGGAUCCCCGCGUGCUGGAACUUCCGGGCCGAUCCUCAACUCAGAGCGAAGGUGUACACAUGUAGGCAGGCGAGGGUCUUCCGAACGAUCGAAUGUGUAUCCUCUCUAACGACUCAAUGCUCUCCAAUCAGUUGCCGAUGGAGGGUUCGGUGGCGGCAUCGGUUCCUGAAAACGCGGCCGCCUCCGUUUCCAAUAACGCCAGCAACGGAAACGCUCCACCGGUGGUUUCUCUCGAAACCCUAUUCCUUCAAUAUGGAGGUUACUCUACCGCACUCAGCGUCACGGUCGCUGUUGGUUGUUCACUCCUCGUGCUCAAUUUGCUAAUAUUUUGUGGUGUAUACUAUCAGAGGGACCGUGUCAAAGAGGAGAAGAAAUCCAAGCCAAAGAAGCAACGCCGAAGCAAAGAAGGAGUUCAGUCGGCGUCGAGCCGGUGUAGCCUAAACUCCCAAAGUAACUAUAGUCUGAGUAAAGAGCAGCAAGAGAUGAUUGUGACGGCGAGUAUUCUCCGAAACCCUCCGCCCUCAUCUCCCCGGCGGACGCAACAGGAUCAUUCGGGGAGCCAACAACAUGCGACGACCAACCAUCAUAUCACGUCGCAUGGGAUUAUGAAGCAAGCAGUACCUCCGCAGGUGCAUUUCCAGGUGCCGGCGAUCAACAACGCUGUGGAUUACCGGGCGUUCAUUGAGAACGAGGCGCUCAACCUAGAACUCAGCGGAGGAGGAGGCGGUCGACUCAGCUUGCCUCGGCAUAGCGUCAAGUCUCCGUUCGACAACAUACCGGGGACCUUACCUAGGAACCGGCCUCAACCCGCCGCCCUGAGCGUGUUGCCGUCCUCCGUGAUCUUUACAGUACAAAGCCAAUCGAAUGGAUCUUCUCUGGACGCGAGUGUGGUAGAUAACAACUCAAGUAUCGACGCCAUCCUCAAUCAGCAGCUCUGA